AGCAGCUCAUAUUGUCUGUCGAGUUGAGACUUUUAUUUCUCUCUCUCUCUCUCGUCGCAGACACAAAAACAAACGCGAUUCUCUCUCUCUCUCUCUCUUCUAUAAACAUUUUCAGCUUUUAUAGCUUAUAAUACAAAAAUCUAGCUCCACCCUUAUAGAUCGUGAUUUUGAUUUUCUCAACAAUCCACUCCUUUUCUUCUUGCUUCAACAAAUUUCUGAUUUUGGAAUUGUGAAAGGAAGAAUAUGUCAGGUGGAACGCAGAACAGUUUGAGGAAAGCACUUGGAGCUCUUAAGGACACCACUACCGUCUCAUUGGCCAAGGUCAACAGUGGUUACAAGGAGUUGGACAUUGCUAUCGUUCGAGCAACGAAUCAUGUUGAACGCCCGGCUAAGGAAAAACACAUUCGAGCUAUAUUUUCAGCGAUCUCAGCUACAAGACCUAGGGCUGACGUUGCCUAUUGCAUCCAUGCUCUCGCCAGGCGAUUAUCGAAGACACAUAACUGGGCUGUUGCUUUGAAAACUUUGAUUGUCAUCCACCGUGCUCUGAGGGAGGUUGAUCCCACAUUUCAUGAAGAACUCAUUAAUUAUGGGAGAAGUAGAAGUCAUAUGCUCAACAUGGCUCAUUUUAAAGAUGACUCGAGUCCAAAUGCAUGGGAUUAUUCUGCAUGGGUCCGCAGUUAUGCAUUAUUUUUAGAGGAAAGGCUGGAAUGUUUUCGCGUGUUGAAGUAUGACAUUGAGGCUGAUCGUCCUAGGACCAAAGAUUUGGAUACUGCAGAAUUGCUAGAGCAGUUGCCAGCUUUACAACAGCUUCUCUAUCGAGUUAUUGGUUGCCAGCCACAAGGAGCAGCUGUAAAUAAUUUUGUGAUUCAGUUAGCACUCCAAUUGGUUGCUUCGGAGAGCAUUAAAAUUUAUCAAGCUAUUAGUGAUGGAACUGUUAAUAUGGUUGAUAAGUUUUUUGAGAUGCAACGGGAAGAUGCUCUGAAAGCUCUUGAUAUAUACAGAAGGGUUGGGCUGCAGGCUGAGAGACUAUCAGAGUUUUAUGAAAUAUGCCGUAAUCUAGAUAUUGGACGUGGAGAGAAGUUCAUCAAAGUUGAGCAGCCCCCGUCAUCGUUUAUGCAAGCCAUGGAAGACUAUGUCAAAGAUGCUCCCCAGGGAGCAAUAGUUCGAAAGGAUCAGGCCGUUGACAACAAAAUUGCUGCUCCAAAAGAAGUUUUGGCUAUUGAAUACAAUAAGGAACCUGAAGUGAAGGAGGAACGUGCACCCUCACCCCCUCCACCGUCUGAACCUGUGAAAGUGGAAACACCACCAGUACAACCACCACCUGAUCUUUUGAAUAUGGAAGAUCCUGUUCCAGCUGCUGCAGAGUUGGAAGAGAAGAAUGCCUUGGCUUUAGCCAUCGUUCCCGCUGAUCAACAACCUUCGGCUGUUUCAAAUCAUGCAAAUGGAACCGCUGGGUGGGAAUUGGCUCUUGUUACAGCUCCUAGCUCAAAUGAGAGUGCUGCAGCAGCUAGCAAAUUGGCUGGAGGUUUGGACAUGCUUACAUUAGACAGCCUAUAUGAUGAUGCACUGAGAAGAAAUAACCAAAAUGCUAGCUAUAAUCCAUGGGAGCAAGCACCUGCUGGAGGCAUGAUGCAACCGACAAUGCACGAUCCAUUUUUUGCCUCUAAUACAAUGGCUGCUCCACAUUCUGUUCAAAUGGCAGCUAUGUCAAACCAGCAACAGGCUUUCAUGUAUCAGCAGCAGCAGCAGCAAAUGAUGACGAUGGCCCCUCAACAACAAUCUGCAAAUCCUUUUGGAAAUCCUCAAUAUGGAGCCACAGUUCACCCCUAUGGCUCAGGUAUGCCUGUUCAAUCGUACAAUCCUUACACAGGCCUCAUCUAAACAUUUCUUGUGGAUAAGGAGCAAAAACAUGGAUACUCCGCAUUUGGUUGUAUGCGUGGGAGAACAGAAAAUUUGUAUCAUAGGUCAUGUGUGCCAUAGAUAGCUAGAGAGAAAUUCUUUUUGAAUAAAUAGCAGAUGAGGGUUUUGGCUAUAUGAUUUUUUAUGUACAAGGUAAUUGAUAAUCAGACUUAGAAUUUCUUUUAUCCCUGAUUGGUUACUGUUAACGCAUUAGCAGGAAAUUUGCUCCUGAUGAAUUGGUAUUGUUUUCAGUUUCCAUUCCCUGUACAUGGUGGGAAGUAUAUUCAUUAUGUGUUUAUCAGACCAAAAUUUAUCCAAUGAAAAUAUAUGUCAAGACUGUAAACUGAGUAACUUUAGUGCAAGGAACAAAUUUUUUUUAUUCA